UGUGUUGACACAGCUUCUUCCGUCUGAGACUGAAAAGUUUGCAGAGGUGAGAGUUGCAACUCAAAGAUGAUGGCUUCAAGUUUCAGGGACUGCAAGGCAUGGAGCGCAGAGGGUCUUCCCUUGUCCACUAGCAGUAAUGAGGCCUGCAAACAAUAUGACGCCAUCCUCACUCAGUGUAUGAAGUGGCGGAAUGAUGAAACCUUGGGAGGAUUUGAAGGAUGCAUCUCUGCUAUGAUGCAAGCCGACCCUAACUUUGUUAUGGGCCAUGUGAUCAGUACGGGGCUGGACCUGCUCUCAACCUCCAUGUCCCCCCGUGUGAACGAGCGUCUGGCCAGUGCUGUGAAGCGAACAGUGGAGCUGGGCAACAGCCAGGAGAUCUCCCCCAGAGAGAGGCUCCAUGUCAAGGCUGUGGACUUUAUUGCACGUGGAAAUUUUUUCAAGGCGGCUGAGGCAUGGGAAGACAUUCUGGUGGAUCACCCCACUGAUCUGCUGGCUCUCAAGUUUGCUCAUGAUUCUUACUUCUUCACGGGAGCCCAAGUCCCGAUGAGGGACUCUGUGGCCAGGGUGCUGCCCCACUGGAAGCCACACAUGCCGUUGUUCAGCUAUCUGAACGGACUGUACUCCUUCGGCCUCCUGGAGACUCGCCUCUAUGACCAGGCUGAGAAAGUAGCCAUGGAGGGCCUGGCUCUGGUUCCAGAUGACGCAUGGUCUGUGCACUCUGUAGCUCAUGUGUACGAGAUGAAAGCGGAGGUGGACAAAGGGUUGAAGUUCAUGGAAAGCAGAGAGAAUGACUGGCAGGUGUCUGACGUGCUGGCCAGUCAUAACUAUUGGCAUUGGGCUCUAUACUUCAUAGAGAAGGGGGAAUACGAAGCCGCUCUGCAAAUCUACGAUUCUCAGGUAUUCAGACGUUGUAAAGCCACAGGAUCCAUGUUGGACACAGUAGAUGCCAGUUCGAUGCUCUGGAGACUGGAAAUGGAGGGUGUGUGUGUGAAGGACCGUUGGCGAGAGCUGCUCCAGGUAACGCAGCCUCACACCGAUGAUCAUGUGACCUUGUUUAAUGACCUCCACUUCCUCAUGGUGUCGCUGGGAGCCAAAGAGAGCGCGACUUCUCAGCGUCUGCUGGACGGCAUCCAGGAAUUGGCUAAGGAGCCUGGGGACAAUCAGCAACACCAGCUGGGAGAGACUGUAGGUGUACCAAUGUGUCAGGCCAUGAUGGAGUACACCAAGGGCAACUACAAUCGAACCGUUGAGCUACUUCAACCUGUACGCUACAACAUGUUGGGUAUAGGAGGCAGUGAUGCUCAGAGGGACGUCUUCAAUCUGCUGCUCAUUCAUGCAGCCAUGAAGUCGGAGAAUAAGCACCAUCAGAAACUGGGAAGAUGUCUUCUGGUGGAGCGUGAUGCCAUGAGGCCCAACUCCCCGAUGACGGAUCGCCUAACGAAGAGGGCCCUGGCCCUUCACAUCUAGAUUGAUCGCACUGCAAUCAAUCUGGAUGAUACUGAUUGCAGUCCCAAUGCAAAAAAAAAAUCAAGCAACACCGUAAACUACCCAACCAAUGUUUGGCUUUUGGAGACUCCUGUACCGCCUGGCAGAAACAAGACAUCUGAAGCUCUUUAUGCAGCAAAUUUCUCAAGAUUCUGUGCUAAUAUUAAACUCAAGCUACAAAUCUGCACGAUAACUAGCCUUAAAUCACAUAUGUAAGUUGAUUAUUUUAGCUGCAGAACUGACACUUAAUCAACACAGAGCAGUGUAACUUUCUUCUUCUUUUAAAUUUUUAUUAGCAAACAUUUAAAUAUAAAUACUAUUCAGAAAUAAAAUCAUGUCAAGAUCAAUACAAAAACCCUGUUCAAAACCAAUAAAUAUGCAACUUGUA